GAAGAUGAAUGAAUGAGGGAGGGAGUGGCGUCGAUGACUAUUUGACUAACUGGCAGUCAGUCAGUGAGAAAAAUCUUAAAUUAAAUGUAGGCUGCCUGCUACAGACAGUCAAGUGGUUCUUAGUUAACGUUAGCGAGUUAACGUUUACGCAGCUUCAGAGCAUCCUUAUUAGGCCUAUUUGUUAUUUUGAUUUUUGCUGAAAGUUUAGAGGGCUAUGGCUAGAGGAGAAGGAGUUGAACACUCCAGUGCGAGUUUGUUAAGUAACGUUAAUGUCAAUGUUAAAUUGGACCCUGAUGCCAUAGGACUUGCGGGAAAGGGAGAGCAGAGAAGUCGGCUUUCCAUUUGCAAUAAACUGUGCUAUGCCGUCGGAGGAGCACCCUAUCAGAUCACAGGAUGUGCUCUUGGCUUUUUCCUGCAGAUAUACUUGUUGGAUGUUGCUCAGCUGGAUCCUUUUUAUGCCUCCAUUAUCCUGUUUGUUGGUCGGGCAUGGGAUGCCAUAACUGACCCAACUGUGGGUUUCCUGGUCAGUCGGACCCCCUGGACAAGAUUUGGCCGUAUGAUGCCGUGGAUCAUAUUGUCUACUCCACUUGCUAUUAUCUCCUACUUCCUCAUCUGGUAUGUUCCUGAUCUGGACCAGGGCAAGGUGGUUUGGUACCUGUUGUGGUACUGCCUCUUCCAGACAUUACAGACAUGUUUCCAUGUGCCGUACUCUGCACUCACAAUGUUCAUUAGUCAUGAGCAGAAAGAGAGAGACUCAGCCACCGCCUACAGAAUGACGGUGGAGGUCCUGGGUACAGUUAUUGGUACAGGCAUCCAGGGACAAAUAGUGGGCAUGGCCAAUACGCCCUGCAUCAACUCUACCCUGACUCCACUGGAUGCUGAUCAAAAUGCCAGCCAUCCAAGCCAUCUCUCUCUGAUGCCAAUCGACCUCACCCGCACAAGGGAAGCCUACAUGAUUGCUUCAGGUAUCAUCUGUGCAAUCUAUGUUCUGUGUGCUGUGGUUCUGUUCUUUGGAGUAAGGGAGCGCAAAGAUCUUGGAAAAACAAAGAAUGAGCCCAUCUCAUUCUGGCAGGGUAUUCAUCUGGUAAUGGGACAUGGACCGUACACCAAAUUGGUCAUGGGCUUUCUCUUCACUUCUCUGGCUUUCAUGCUCCUGGAAGGCAAUUUUGCGCUGUUCUGCUGCUACACACUUGGCUUUCGAAAUGACUUCCAGAAUAUUUUACUGGUCAUCAUGCUCGCCGCAACCCUUACUAUUCCCUUCUGGCAGUGGUUUCUUAUGCGCUUUGGCAAGAAGACAGCUGUUUUUGUUGGGAUCCCGUUCGUAAUACCAUUCCUGGUCCUGGUGGUUUUUGUGAAGAGCAACCUUGUCGUGACCUACAUUGUGUCAUUUGUGGCUGGUGUCAGUGUUGCAGCCGCAUUCCUGUUGCCAUGGUCUAUGCUACCUGAUGUUGUUGAUGACUUCAAAGUGAAAAACCCUGACUUGCAAGGCCACGAAGCUAUAUUCUACUCUUUUUAUGUCUUCUUUACCAAGUUUGCCUCUGGAGUGUCACUUGGCAUAUCGACUCUGAGCCUCCAUUUUGCAGGGUACAUCACAAGCGGCUGCACACAGCCAGAGGAGGUAGGCUUGACACUCAAGAUUCUGGUAUCAGCUGCCCCCAUCGGACUCCUCAUCAUCGGCCUUGUGAUCUUCGUUCUCUACCCUAUAAAUGAGGAAACACGGCAACGGAACCGCAAAAUGCUACAGCACCAGCGGGAGAAAGAGACUCAGAACCUCAGAAUCAGAGACUCCGAAUCAGAAUCCACAGAGUCGGGUAGUUCUGUCUAAAUGUCUGUGGACCAGUCUGAGCACAAUCAUUUGCUUCCUGAACCUGAGGAUGAGCUGAUUGACCAAAACCAAGAUCAGCUGGACUCGACUGCUUGGGGAUCUGAGCGCUAAGAUGGUGAUUUGCAUCGUCUCCACAGGUGUCGGAGCCUUCACAGGGCAGUGAUAUUGAGCCAUGAGACUUGACUGUGCCUUCUCCAUCUCAGACCACAAAUGUACCGUUAGUGAUAUCUCACAAGAUACCAACUGUUUUAUUUAUUUUAUUGCACAAAACCUUAUAAUGUGAUGCAGCCUGGACCUGUUUUGGUUGGCAUUACGAGUGCACCUGCUGCCUGGCCAAAUGGGAUUGAUGUCAUGUGUCAUGUGUGAUAUUGGUGCACUUGACAAGAUAAUGCACUAUGGAAUUCAUACCUUUUCUUAGGGUGGGGUUAUUAAGAAAUGUGACAUUACAUGUAUUUUCAUAGGGUGCCAUUUUUAAUUAUAUUUACCUCUAAUAAUGGAUACAGUUGACAUGAAGAAAUGUAUUUGUCUAUCCAAUGUGCAUGUUCAAAGCUUCAUGGUGAAUGAUGAAUGUAUUUUCUACUGUUUACAAGGUGAGGCUAAUCCCUUUUUAGGGUUUUCACUUUAAGACUGCUUUUUCAGAAUAUUCUUGUUGGGACUAUGCUCAAUACUUGAACGAACUUCAGAUAUACAUGUCCAAGUCAGAAUCAUUGCCAGGGGUGGAUGGGUUCAAAUGUUGCAUUAUUCAGCACAGCACUUCACAGCUUUCAUUUCCUAAGGACUGUGCAGAUCUGUCAUACUGCUGAAUGUAGGUUAGAUUGUCUGGCAGAUCCAGAACUGUUAGUAACAGAGGUAAACAAUCAUAUUUAAGUAUUUAUUAAAUCUGUUUAAAAUAUUUUGAGAGUUUACAUAUAUUCUGCACUUGUAAAUGCCACAAUUUUGUUCCUGCGCCCUGAUUAAAGAAUAUAUUAUAUAUAUUUUAUUUUGAUUCCUGCAAACCUGUAAAAUAUAUUUCUUGGCUAAAUGCAAACCUGCAACAUGAGUUUGAUCUUAAUCUUACUGUGUUGUUCUACCGUAAUCUUCUCACUGCCCAAAUAUGCUUAUAAAAGGGAAGUGCUGUUGUGAAA